UCGAAUGAGUCUCUCCCACCAGCCAGCCACAGCGUGCCCGAUGCACGAGGAUUAAGCGUUUUGGUAGCGCAGGGGUAUGUAACAUCACAUUAGGCGGAUCUCGCAUUGCGUUAUUUAACGCGUCCACCUGCACUGCAUAGAAUACAUUUUCACGGCGUCUUCCUGGUGGACUAGUGAACGAUGGACCUGCACAUCUUGGACCAUAGAUUAAGGGUCACAUCCAUAAGUAAAACGGGACUUGAACAGUACACACACCCCCUAAUCAAACUGAUAUUUCUCAGAAACAGGACGAGAUGCAAAUUUUUCAGUCUCACAGAGACUCCGGAAAAUUACACAGUUGUCCUUGAUGAGGAGGGAUUUAAAGAGCUCCAGCCGUCUGAGCACUUACAGGUGGAGGGCUCCACUUGGCUCCCGCUCAAUGUCGUCUCCAAUGGCAACGCCUCCAGCAGCUCACAGGCCGUGGGCGUCACCAAGAUCGCCAAAUCCGUUAUCGCUCCAUUGGCCGAGCAGCAUGUGUCCGUCUUCAUGCUGUCCACCUAUCAGACGGACUUUAUUCUGGUGCGAGAGAAAGACCUGUCGGUGGUGGUGGAGACUCUAGUGGAGGAGUUUAAUAUUUUCAGAGAGGAGGGAGGAGAGUCAGUGCCUGUCCACAGUCAGGACGCCUGCAACGGCCUGCAGCGAAACGGCAGAGAGGUUCCACAUGCAACAGUUCAUCCAGUGCUGAUUCCAGAAAAUAAAUUUUGCGUAAUGAGCUUGGAUCCGGACACACUGCCAGCGAUUGCCACAACCCUCAUAGACGUUCUGUUUUACCCUAACAGUCCUAAAGAGGGCGCCAGUGUUGAUCAGGACAUGGAAUGUAUCAAGUUUUUCUCCUUCUCUCUGAUUGAUGGAUACGUCUCUUUGGUGAUGGACACAGAAGCACAGAGACAAUUCCCCACUGAUCUUCUCUUCACCAGCUCUUCUGGUGAGCUCUGGAGGAUGGUGAGAAUAGGAGGGCAGCCUCUCGGCUUCGAUGAAUGUGGGAUAGUUGCUCAGAUCUCUCAGCCUCUUGCAGACAGUGAUAUAUCAGCGUAUUACAUUAGCACCUUCAGCUUUGAUCAUGCUCUGGUGCCGGAAGAAGACAUAGUGAGCGUGACCGAGAUGCUUCAAGCUCAGAGGAUGUCCAGUUGAGGAUGCGUCUUCAGAUUGAAAAGGGUAGAAAAAAAACCUUCACGGUGGAUGGUAGAUCUUAUUUGAGCCACUAACACACAGUAUUACUCCACAAGUCUGUCUUACCAUAACCAGAGGUGCUUCAGUCACUGCAUUUGAGAGCUUGGGCUUAAAACAGACCUAAACUCAAAAAACAGUGGCAUCUUGCUUUUGCAGAAACAGCAGUGCUGAUUAUAUACCUUUACCAUUAAUCAAAGUAUUUACAUGAUUUGAAAGGACAUUUUUGCGGCAUGUUAAUGAUCGAUUAUUUGAAGCACUUUUUUUCUUAAUUGAAUUAGAAGAUGAGAGGACGUUAUC